AUGGCUAUUGUCAAUAUCAACCGAGACUCUGAGACUAUUCCUAAGUUUCUACAACAGAAGCGUCUCAUCCGCUCUGCUCAAGCCCAUCGCAUCUACAACCGAACGGAGAAAGCUCUGCUACGUGAACGAAUCCAUGAUAUUCGCAAAGACCUUGCCAAAACAAGUACAUCGUUGUUACGGUUGCAUCUCAGCAUAGCCAAUUCCAUCAGGCCUGCGGACUGGGACACUGUUGAUCGUCUCACUUUCAGUUCCGCUGAGAGGAAAAUGGAAUGUGUGUCAGCCCGACAAAAGAGUAAAUUCAAUACUCUGAACAACACCCAAGCCAUUAGACCUGCCCUAGACAUUUCCCGAGUGGUUGUAAACAAAUCUAACCGAGUCUUGACAACCGCUGAAACGUCAAUUUUGGCCAAAGGCGGCAACUUUGCUAUCAGCAUGAACUCCAUUCCGACGGAGGACAUUAUUGCCAACAUUGAAUCAAGCCUAAGACAACUACCGCAAGCAGAGGCUGAAGAAAUUCGGAGAGAAGCGUCCCGCAUCCUGCACAAAGCCAAGCCACCAAGAAGUAAUGUCAGCAAUGCAGAGAGAAAAGCCAUAAAAAGUCUCAAUGAAGACAAAUCGAUUGUUAUCCUACCGGCAGACAAAGGCAACGCUACGACUGUUCUCAACACCGAAGACUACCGAAGAAAGAUUAGGGAUCUGUUGGACCCUACGAUCUACGUAAAACUCCGUCGUGACCCUACAUCCAGGAUCCUGAAGAAGACCAACUCACUAAUUAUGAAAUCAACACUACCUGAGAAAACAAAGGAGACAAUUUCAUCAUCUGAAGCGCUCAUCCCCAGAUUAUAUGGAUUGCCAAAAAUCCACAAAGAAGAGUUGCCGUUGAGACCUAUUGUCAGUGCCAUAAACUCUCCUACUCACCUCCUCUCUAAACAUCUUGCCAGUUUGCUGAAACCCCAUGUCGGGGCAACGGAAUCUUUUGUUAGAGAUUCGUCCCACUUCAUAGAGAAGCUCAAAACCUACAGUCUCCAGUCAACAGAUAUCUUGCCCCUUUUCCCGGACCCCCUGGCCACGGGCUUUCGCUCCUCGACUCGGUAUCGGCGCCUAGUGGUCGCCCUUCGAGCUGGGAUCAAUGGCGGCGCUGCGAUCGCCAUCGACGGGGCCGCGCUGCAGUCCGGUGAUGAAGAGAGUGUUCUGUUGUUGCUGUGGUCGCCCGGAAACAAAGACUCUUCUGGUUAUUGGACAACAUACGCAUGUGAAGGUGGUACUUUGCAUUUGUCGUGCUCCAAAGGGCGUAUACAUCUCAUUCGGGCGAACUACGGCCGCUUCAGCAUAAGCAUUUGCAAUGAUCAUGGAAAUUUAGAUUGGCGUGUCAACUGCAAGUCCCACCAUUCCUUCCUCAUCAUGCAAGAAAGGUGCAGCUUCAAAUUAAACUGUAGUGUCAAUGUGUCCAGCAACACUUUUCUUGAUCCCUGUCCUGGAACUCUCAAGUAUUUAGAAGUUCAAUACCACUGUGGAACAGGUAUGGCAAGCUGGCACUGCAAAUUUAGCACAGUGCAGUGGAGUCCAGAGAGUCCAGAUCUUUCUCAGUGUUAUUCUUUGUGGCUGGAGAAUCUGAAAGAAAGAAUUAAAAAUGGAGAACCUAUCGUCAGUGUAACAUCCGAUUUAGCUUUGAUGACGUUGGUAAAACCUUUGUUUAGUGAAGAUUUGAAAGCUAUUGGAAAAUUGAUUCAAGAUGUGUUGUACAAAAGUGUUAGUAGCAUGGAAAAUUUCUUAGACACGUGGCAUAGAUACAAUGUGCUGAGAGAGCUUUUACAGUUGUUUGUUCAAACACUAAGUAACCUUCUAGAAGAGAAGCAGGCGCCAGCCUGGUCGGAGCUGGCUCCCACUGACCGGCAGGCCGUAGUCUCCCGUCUCCUCCAAGGGCUUGAUGAGAGUGCUCUCUUGCUGGCUGAUACUUCUAGUGACGACGGAUCUUUCACCUUGGUCAAGAACAAUAUUUUACUGUCUCUGCAAGUUCAGAAAGCCAAGACGGCGAAGAAUCUUCAUUUCCCGUUACAAUCAGACCUUUCACAGGAAGCUGAAAAAUCUCACUGGGGCAAUAUGCAAGACAGUCUUUUACUUCCUGAAAAAUCUCUACAAAACAAUGACAAAAAUGAUUCAAAUAUGAAAGUUCUGAAUGAAGCAUUUUUGGGUUGGUCAGCUCAAGGAUGUUGGGUUGAGUCUAGUAAUAGGUCUCAUACAGUAUGCUUGUGCAACCACUUAACGAACUUUGCUCUCAUUAUGGAAGUUCAAGAUGUUGAUACCGACGUUCCAGUAGAUGUCGAUAUUCUAGGCAUUGUAUCAACAGUUGGUUGCGUUCUUGCUUCAGUUGCUCUAUUUCUGACAGUAUUUAUCCUUUUCAUAAUAAGUUUGGAUUCCACUCAUGAUAGUGUCUUCAUACACAGGAAUCUUUUCGUGUGCCUCUUCAUAACUGAGCUUCUUUUUCUUGGUGGCAUCAAACAAACAAAAGACGUCAUUGUCUGUGCAAUAAUUGCUGGCUCUUUGCAAUACUUACUUUUGGUUACGUUUUCAUGGAUGUUUUUUGAGUGUUACCAUCAGUAUCUAAUGGUGCUUCGUUCAUGUGACUCAAAAGAAAGCAAAGUCUUUUGGUAUUACAUUUUAGCGUAUGCUCUGCCUGGACUUAUUACUGGAAUAUCGGCAGCAGUGAAUCCCACGAGCUAUGGUACAAAGUAUUGCUGCUGGCUGCAGGCAGACAACUAUUUUGUUUUCAACUUCGUAGGACCCGGAGUUAGCAUAAUAUUGGGUGGACUAGUAUUUCUCUGCAUCGCAUUCUGUAUGAUCUCUUUUAAUUUCGCAGUUGCAACUACUACAGCUGGAAGUAACGACUCCAGAAGAGCCGAUUACAAAUGCUGGAACAGAAGAAGUCUGUUUAUGAUCAUUCUACUAUCCAUAACGUGGGCUCUUGGAGUUAUUUUCAUGAACAAUGGGACCCUUUCUGUGGCAUAUGCUUUUGCAAUGUGCAACAGUCUGCUCGGAAUUUCAUCUUUUCUUUUAUACUGCGUUUUUAAUGAAAAGACGAAGAAAGACUGGACAAAGUUAAUUCAAAGAGAGUUUUGUUUUAAGAAAAAAAAGCAACAAGAUCAAUUGUCUACUCAACUUUCUGUUUCUCAAACAGUUUCCACAUCUGGUCAAGAAGUGUCUCAAGAGUUUUGGAGAUGCAAAGACCGAUGGACAAGAGUUAAAUCAUAUCCCAGAAAUAACGCAACAGAUCGUUGCUCUACAAAACCUGUGAAAAAGGUAAAGAGUUUUGCGGAGCAUGGUAAACAAUCUGAUGCCCAUUGUGUGAACAAAAAAUCUGCUAGUUCCGAUGUUUCACGAUGUACGAGCAAUGACGAUGAUGAAGAAGAGCAUCGUAACUCGUCUUCUUCGAAUGAGUACCAAGCUAUAAAUAUGCUUAAUGAGUGCGAGCGCACUCUGAAUGCGUCUGAAUCCGGUCACUUUGUCGAUCACAUAUAUGAGACAAUCGAUGACCUGGAUGGUCAAUCUUACCAGAGACAUGCAUCUUUAGGAAACCAAUUUGAAGAGAAAUCUGGUUCAAGCCGGCGAUACUCUUCAAGUUAUGGACAUGAACAUCGAUCGCUAAUAAAUAGCUCUGAAAGGCUUUCUGACAUUGAACUAAUCAAACCAAAUGGACAGCAGCGAGAUUUCUGUACUCUGAAUCAGUACUUACUUAAGAGCAAAUCGAAAGCAACGUCCAAUAGUACGAACUUUUCAUUCGAUGGAAGUUGCACUCCCGAAGAACUGUUAUUGCGAAAAACUAAUUCAUUUGAUAGGUAUGGAAGCCCCUUGCCUGACCUUCUUCGGAAGCCAGCGGAGCAUGGUGUAGUCCUAGCAGUGUUGGAAAAAGAUGAGGUAGUGAGUCGCAUUCAGCAAGACAAAAUUUUACUGCAUCCAGAAUUAAGCCUCAAUACAUACUGUUGAUACCACUCUUUUUCAUCUUGAUAUAAGUUCCCAUUUGUAUUUUACUCAAAAGAGGUAGUCAAUAUCUAGACCGUCCCUGUUAUCCUUUGUUACAAUUGAAUUUUCAAAAUUUUAAGGAAAAUGGAAAAGAAAGUAUGUCCCUCAUUUUUUACAUCCAGCUCAUUCUUUUCAAUUGUGCAAGUGCUCAAAGCGUCACUGCAACCAGUGCACAGUUUGUAAAUAUGUCACUUUCAAAAUUCUGUUUCUCAGUUUUAAAUUUUUUAUCAACUUACACUACUGUGAUGUGACCGAUUAAAUUCAUUUCAUGUUUCAAGCUCAACGCACAUUUUUAUAUAAAACUAAAUGUAAAAAUCCAUCCUACUAAUAAACAAGUUCAAUUUUCCUCUA